AUGUCGACAUUGCCGAGCGGUAGAAAGUUUCCAUUAUCAGCGAGUGCUGAAUCAUAUUAUAUGCCGGGAGUAGCAAAAGGACUUCUGGCCUAUACGAGAUCAGAACUAGGAUACAACAACGUCACACCCUCAGACCCAUUCGGAAAACCGCCGCCAGGGUACAUUCCAGGGAAGGGAAGAGGAGCAACGAGUUUCGCAGGAGGAGUGUCGAGAGAUGACACAACAGACGACAACGAUACGUCGGAAGCAGGAGGGCCGAGCCAGCCGCACUUCGAAAACGAACACCUGUUCAAGGAUGCAGAGUACGACGACGAGGACAGAGAGGCGGACCUGAUCUACGAAGCAAUAGACGCAAAAAUGGACGAAAGACGUAAAUCGAGGAGAGAACAGAAGAUAAAAUCGGAAAUUUCGAAGCUGAGGAACGAAAAGCCGACGAUACACCAGCAACUGGCGCAGUAUAAGCGUAACCUGUCGACGCUGACGAAAGAACAAUGGGAGUCGAUACCAGUGAUCGGAGACUACUCACUGAAGAGAAAGCAGCAGAAGAAAAACCUGAACUACACGCCAGCACCAGACAGUCUGCUCUACUCAUCGAGGUCAGCAAUGCAGCACACGACGUCAGUGGGAACGGAAACGCCCCUGGGAAUGUCGACGCCGCUGGGCAUAAUGGGAGGGGCGACACCGCUGGGAAUUAGGACGCCGGCAGGACUGAGAACGCCCUCAGGAAAGACGUCCUCACUGAACGAGCUGGGAGAAGCGAGAGGAGCAGUGCUGUCCCUGACGCUGGACAAGGUGAUGGAUAAUUUAUCAGGACAGACGGUGGUAGACCCGAAGGGGUAUCUGACUGACCUGAACUCAAUGAAUAGUGACCUCGACGCGGCAGACGUGCAGAAGGCACGCACACUGCUCAAGUCAGUGAUAAACACGAAUCCAAAGCACGCACCAGGGUGGAUAGCAGCAGCAAGGAUAGAGGAGCUAUCAGGAAAAAUUGAAGCCGCGAGAGAGUUGAUAGCACAAGGAUGCCAAAACUGCCCAGACAAGGAGGACGUGUGGCUGGAAGCAGCACGCCUGGAGAAGCCGGACUUUGCAAAGUCGAUACUGGCAAAGGCAAUCAAAGUGAUACCAACAUCGGUUAAGCUGUGGAUGGAGGCGGCGAACAGAGAGACGUCGAACGACGACAGGAAAAGAGUGCUGAGGAAGGCGCUGGAGUUCAUACCAAACUCAAUAAGGCUCUGGAAGGAGGCAAUAUCGAUGGAAAACGAGGCGAACGCAUACAUACUCUUGAAAAGAGCAGUGGAGUGUGUUCCAGAGUCGCUGGACAUGUGGCUAGCACUGGCGAGGCUGUGCCCGUACGAAGAAGCGCAGAAGGUGUUGAAUGAAGCGAGGAAGAAGCUGCCGACAAACGUGGACAUAUGGAUAACGGCAGCAAAGUUGGAGGAGUCAAAUGGAAAUUACGAAAUGGUUGAGAGGAUAAUAACGAGGGCAAUAGAUAAUCUGUCAAAGAAGGGAGUAGUUCACGUCAGAAGUAACUGGCUAAAGCAGGCGGAAACAGCGGAGUCAAGUUCAUUCGUAAAGACGGCCCAAGCGAUAAUAAAGAGUACCAUGAUGAUUGGAGUGGAUGAAAAUAAUAAAAAGAGUACAUGGCUGGAGGACGGAGAGACACUGGUGGAAAAUGGAUCAUAUGAAUGCGCAAGAGCACUGUACAAAAAUGCAAUUGACCAGAUGAAGACAAGAAAGUCAUUAUGGUUUGCACAGGUGGAGUUGGAAUCAAAGCACGGGACUCCAGAGUCAGUAGAAGAAGUGCUAAAAUCAGCUGUGGUUUAUUGCCCGAAUUCAGAAGUACUGUGGCUAAUGUACGCGAAACAUAAGUGGGUACAAGGAGAUGUACAGAGCUCAAGAGAAAUAUUGUCAAAGGCACUGACGCUAAAUGAAAACAAUGAAGAUAUAUCACUGGCAGCAGUAAAACUGGAGAGAGAGCACAAGGAAUACGAAAAGGCGAGGAAAUUAUUAGACAAGGCAAGAAUACAAUGUAACACACCAAAGGUUUGGAUGCAAAGUGUGCAGCUAGAAAGACAGUUAAAGGAAUAUGAAAGAGCACUGGAGUUGGUGGAUGAAGCACUGGAACUACAUCCAUAUUUUGAUAAGCUGUGGAUGAUAUCAGGGCAGUUGAAGUUGGAAAAGGAGCCUCAGGACGUGGAAGGAGCAGUGCAAACGUACAAACAAGGAGUUGAAAUGUGUCCAUGGAGUGUUAACCUGUGGCUGCUGUCGAUUAACCUCCAAAUUGAUAUCGGAGAACACACAAAAGCAAGAGCACUGGUGGAAAUGGCGAAGACAAAAAUAAGAACACUGGUAGGGUCGAGCAUAAAGAAAAACGCGAACACGACGCAAGUGCAAACGAAGGUGCUCUCUAGCACAGAGUUGGCAAGAAUCGCAAAGCUGGCAAUGGACUCAGACGACGCAGACUCAGUGAAGGAAAUGACGGACAAGAUCAUGUCACAGUGCGACAUCAUAUGGCUGAAGGGAGUGGAGAUCGAGGAGGAGGCGGGAAACCGGAACAACGCAUACUUUACAAUGUCGAAGGCACUGCAGGAGUUGCCUGACUCAGGACUGCUGUGGUCACACUCGAUAUUUAUGGAGGAGCCAGCAGCACAGAACUCGAAGGUCGUAGACGCGCUGAACAAGUGUCCUAACUCACCUCACGUGGUAAUGGCAGCAGCGAAGCUGUUCUGGAAUUUUAAGAAAAUAGCGAAGGCAAGAAAGUGGUUCCAGAGGUCACUAACAUUAGACGACUCAAACGGAGUAACUUGGGGAACCUUUGUGGCAUUUGAGCUGGAGUGCGGAGACGAGGAGUCGAUGAAGCAGGCAAUAAACAAGUUCAUAGAAGCGGAGCCGAACAGAGGGUACGAAUGGUGUAAAAUAGUUAAACACGUGGACAACUGGGGACUGAGUAUGCCUCAGAAGCUGCACAAGUUCAUAGAGGAGUACUACCCGCAGGUGCUGACAGAAAAGGUGCCUCAGGACGUGAUGAACGUGCUGGCGCCGACGACAGUAAAAAGGGAACUAUAA